GCAGACCAUGGGUUUAUUUAUUGACAAAUAGAAUGUUUUUCUGCAAUUGAACUGUUCUGCGACCGCUUUCCACUUGUUUGGAAAUGAUUUCACCGGCUUUUUACGCUUUAUUGGCAGGCUUUCUUGGUGCUGUUGCAUCUUCGUCCGCAAAACUCUCCCUUGGUGCAGAUUACCUCAAAGAAAUGUGUGAUACACAGAUACGGAAGUGGGUUGAUGGGAACCACUGGACUGGUCUUGAUGCAGAAGAAACCCCUUGUGACUGGCUCCACAUCCCCUUGCGACUGGUGUGUGGAGGCCUGCUGUUCACCUGUAAUACUCUGAUGUGGACUUUCUUCUCUAAGGCACUUCACUAUUCCCCUUCUUCAGCCAGAGCCACAGUCACCACCACUGCUUCUAACUUCAUCUCCUCUGCGAUCCUGGGAAAGAUGAUCUUUGGAGAGACUCAUGCAGCUCUGUGGUGGGUUGGUAUCUCUUUCACUCUCUCUGGGUUGCUUGUACUUCAUGGAUCGACCCCACAGAACCUCCCACAGGAAGAAGACAAGAAGGAUACGUGAUGUUGGCUUGGUCGGCUGACCAAAACAAUAUGACCUUUUCUUAGCUAUCCCUGAACCUCACCAGCCUGAGGCAAAACUUAUUGCAGGGUAUUUGAUUUCAUAUUUCCAAACACAAAGGUAGAAAUAACACUCAUAAACUUAAAAAGUCAACAGUAUAAUUUCAGACCAUAUUAUUACUAAGUCACAGUGCGCUGCAGUCACAAGCAAAAUCACCAUUCCCAGACACCAGUGGCUUAUAUAUGCUCCAUCACAUUGUUUUUACAUUGCUUUUGAUUUCUGACACACUCUUUGCCAUCCGAUUCAUUAGAAAGAGGAAUAUCAAAGGUUCAAAUGAAUCAUUGAAAUUAAAAUUACUAGCUAGCUUGUUCUAGUCAGAAAGGCACGAACUGAUGAAGCCUCUUGGAUGAGAGGCGAAACGUCUUCAUGGAUAUGUACCAAGUCCAGUUGCACUCGAUUCAAUUCCUUUGGAUAACCAUGACCUGGAUGAAUGAGAACACUCACAGACACAAUGUAAAAAAAAACAGAAAAUCUACACUGACCGAGAACUAGGUAACUUUUUUAUAAUGCAAACGUACCAGCAUACAAUUACACUCAAGUUUAGACAUAGAACACAUCUGAUUUCAUGAGACUCCGGUGAGAGCUUUGAAUGAUGUGUCAAAGGCAGCAGUGUGCCCCCUCAUGUUUUCCUGAUUGUGCCAUGGACAGACUCCUGAAUAUAUUGUUAUAGGACAUGACACCUACGACCAAAGCUGCAUAACAUUCAAGAUCUAGAAUAUCUUGACAAGGUUGUGUAAACAUGUUUCUCCUGUGAAAAUGUGUGUUGUACUGUAAAUAUCCAAUAAACUACA